AUGCACAUCCGAAAAUUCAAUAAAUGGUUUCUUGAAAUGCAUAAGGCUUUGGGGGUUGAAUGGAGGCUUACAAGAUAUGGUUUGAAUAGAUUUGGGUAUUCUGCAAGAAAUUAUUCAAAGAAAAGUGUGCGUUCUAGCUCCGGUGUCAAUGACGAUUCACGUAACAAAAUGUCUAAAACGUGGUUGAAAGCACUUGGAAUUGUUCUGGUUCCCUAUACUUGUUAUGCAUUGUACAUUGCUUUACAAACUGACAUGCAGAUUAGAGCUAGGAGAAGGAAGGUAGAGGAUGAAAAUUCUGCUGAUUAUAAUAGUACACUGAAGAAAUAUUCACAUUUGAAGAUCUUGGGAGUAUAUGAGAAUCCAUUCAAUGAGUAUAGAAUGCAGACCAUCUAUGAGUUUUUUUUCAAUAGGGUAGUCGAAUUAUUUCAAAUAAAUAGAGGGGGUAUUCCUCGUGAAGAGAAGGCGAUGGAGUUGCUGAUGCCAGUGCAUAAGCCAACUUGGACGGACAAUGCAGCACAACUAGUUGAAGACCAGCAGUUCACAUAUAGUCUUUUGGACCCCCACAGUGUGGCUCAGAAAUCCAACUGUAAAAAUACCCACGCUGUCCAUUCAACAUGGCUGGGUCAAUCGUGUAGCUACGUUGUUUAUCGUGGAGUUAAAAUAUUGACUGAUCCAUUAGUAUCUUCAUAUUUGAUACACGAAACACUUGGACCCAAAAGAAUCACAAAAGUUCCGGUUCCUGUUGAGGAUAUCCCCACACCGGAUGUUAUCAUAGUAUCCCACAAUCAUCCUGAUCACUUAGACCACAACAGUAUGAAGUAUUGGGACGAUAGCUCACCAAACCAACCUCUUUGGGUAGUUCCGAAAGGUCUGGGCGGGUUCUUAGAGGAUAAUAAUAUCACGAGGUAUAUAGAGCUAUCUUGGUGGGAGGCAUGCAAACUAAAUUUUAAAUAUGAAAGCGAUAAGAAUUUAGAAAUAGUUUGUACACCUGCCAUGCAUUGGUCUGGUAGAGGUAUAUGGGACACAAACAGAUCUCUAUGGGCAUCAUUUCUUGUACGUGAUAAAGGAAUGCCUGUUAUAUUUCAUGCAGGAGAUACCGGCUAUGUAUCUGAUUUAUUCGUUAGAAUCAAACAAAGGUUCGGGGCAGGUGUAAAAUUGGCAUUAUUGCCAUGCGGACAAUACUGUCCUGAGUGGCAUCAGCGGCCACGCCAUAUAAAUCCGGAAGAAGCAUUGAAGGUGAUGAAAGACUUGGAGGCCCAAAAUGUUCUUGGUGUGCAUUGGGGCACUUUUAUUUUAAGUGGUGAGUACUUCAGAGAGCCGAAGGAAAAGCUAGAAUUACUAGCUGAAGUAAAAGGCAUAAAAGAUAGAUGUUACUGCCCUGAAUUAGGGAAAACAGUGACAAUAAUAUAA